AUGCAAAAAGCGCUUGAGCUAACAAUGUCGGUGCCCGAGCGAGCAGCUGAUAUGGUCUACAUCCGGAAUAUCGAACAGUAUCCCGGUGAUCUGAACAAACUCGGCCGGCUUUAUAGACACGAUGCAUUCAUGGUCCGAGAAGGUGACGAUGAGCCCGUCGAACGUUAUCUCUUUUUAUUCAAAAACAAAAUAAUGUUUACCGAAAAAGACAGCAGAAAAGAGCCACCAUCAUAUAAACAUCAAGCAACCAUACGUGUAAGUGCUAAACGCUUCUUCACAUAUGACUUUCUAGCUUUGAUAUUUACUUUGAACGACUACAUUUUACAGCUGUUAGUUUUUGUGCGUUUUUUGCAGCUAUGCAAUGCAAAAACGCAUUUUGUCGAGGGGCUGUCUGUUUGUGUAUGUGUGUGUGUGUGUGUAUGUGUGUCUGUGUGUGCGUCUGUAAAGAGUUUUCAUCUCGAGAUCCACAAAAGCUACAUGGCUGAAAAUUUGGUGACUUAAUC